AUGGAUGAGGAUAUAGACGACACCGAUACUUUCUUUCAUAUGGAGAAUUGGGAGAAAUUUGACAACGAUCUAGAAGAUUUCGAUGAGGAAGAUAUGAAGCAAUUAUACUUUGACACUCUUAAAAACAAUGUUGGGUUUUAUAUGUUGUAUGCCAAGGUUAAAGGAUUUAGGAUCCGACACAUAUCCCCAACUAAGAGUGCAAGUAGUGAUCACUUCACCUCAAAAACCAUAUGGUGCAAAAAGCAAGGUUUUCGUGAUAACCAAUAUUUGGAAAAUCCGGAUCGGAAGGCUUCCGAAAGGGCACUUACAAGAUGCCCUUGUGAAGCGAUUGUUAAGUUCAAAUGGGAUAAACUUCAGAAAAAAUACUUUAUCAAGGAAUUCAACGAUGUCCACAAUCAUGAUCUUGUUCCCUCACACCAGGUAAUUACGACAACUUGUUUGGACUUUUUCUUAACAUACACAUGGGACAAAGACAAAAGCUUGGAGAAGAUGUUUUGGUGUGAUGGGACAUUCCGCCGCGAUUACAAAACAUUUGGUAAUGUCAUUGCGUUUGACGCGGCUUACAAGUGCCACGCUUACAAUAAGCCAUUAGUUGUUAUCGUCGGCAUCAAUCACCAUGGGAAAGCAGUCCCAUUCGUUGUUGCUUUGGUUUCAGAUGAAACAACGGAGACCUAUAAAUGGAUUUUGGAGCAGGUGAUCCAAUAUGGGGAAGGAAAUAUACCACACACGGUAAUAAUUGAUGGGGAAAAGGCCAUGGAUGCUGCAAUCAAGAUUGUCCUACCAAAUUCCCAUCAUAGAUUAUGUUUGUGGCAUUUGAUGACAAAUAUUAAAAAAAAUGGAAGAAAACGGUUUGACAAUGGCUUCAUGAAAUGCAUUCACAAAUGUCGAACAGGAAAAGAAUUUGAUGAUGUGUGGCAUAAACUUGUUGUAAAGUACAAAUUGCGAGAAAAACAAUGGGCCAAGGAUUUGUACAAUAACAAGGGAAAAUGGAGAGAAACAUUUAUGCAUGGCCAGUUUUUUGCCGGUAAGAACAAAUCUGAAUUAUUCCCUUCAUGCAUAUCUUUAUGA